AUGACCAGUACCCCCUUCGGCCGUGGAGGUGGUCAUAACGGAUGGCGGGGUGGCCGUGUGGUUAGGGUGCCCGUGAUGGUGGCCACCGUGGCCGUGGCCGUGGGGGCGGCCGCGGUGCCUACGGUGGGACCCGAACUGCCCCUCUUCCACCCCGGCCCUCUAGCCGGGCAAUAUCCACCUGCCGCCGCCGUGCCUACCACAACCCACAAGGUUGAUGAAGACUUUGAUAUUGAGCUAGAUGGCUAA